AUGGUGGGCGCCGGGGCGCGCGGGGCGCCGCUGCCGGUGCUGCUGCUGCUGCUGCUGCCGGCACUGCUGCGGGGCGCGGCGGGCGGCCUCGCCGACAGCGUGGUCUGGGCCGUCAACGCGGGCGGCGAUGCCCAUGUGGACGUGAACGGCAUUCACUUCCGCAAGGACCCGCUCGAGGGCCGCGUGGGCCGAGCUUCUGACUAUGGUAUGAAGCUACCAAUCCUGCGGUCCAAUGCAGAAGAUCAGAUCCUGUACCAGACAGAGCGUUACAAUGAGGAAACCUUUGGCUAUGAAGUUCCCAUCAAAGAAGAGGGUGACUACGUGUUGGUGUUGAAGUUUGCAGAGGUCUACUUUGCACAAUCUCAACAGAAGGUGUUUGAUGUUCGCUUGAAUGGCCACGUGGUGGUGAAGGACUUGGACAUUUUUGACAGAGUUGGACAUAGCACAGCUCAUGAUGAGAUCAUUCCCAUGAGUAUCAAAAAGGGAAAACUAAGUGUCCAGGGAGAGGUUUCAACGUUCACAGGAAAGCUUCAUAUUGAGUUUGUAAAGGGCUACUAUGACAAUCCGAAAAUCUGUGCCCUGUAUAUCCUGCAAGGAACAGUGGAAGAUGUUCCAAAGCUGCAACCACACCCAGGUCUGGAGAAAAAAGAGGACGACGACGAUGAGGAUGAAUAUGAUGAUGGCUCCAGCGUUAAAAAACAGGCAAAUAAGAACCGGGUUCAAUCAGGCCCACGCACACCAAACCCCUAUGCCUCAGACAACAGCAGCCUCAUGUUCCCUAUAUUGGUGGCCUUUGGUGUCUUCAUUCCUACCCUCUUCUGCCUCUGCCGGUUGUGAGAGCCCUACAGAGCAUCAGCCAAGGGGCUGGGAGGGAAGGAGUUGGACCAAACACGGUUGCUUUCAAUUUCUC